AUGAAAGAGACAGCAGUAAUAUUUUAUGCGUGGCAAAGUAAUUCGCCAAUGACAGGCGAUUUUGUUUUGUUGGCAUUAGCCGAGUCGAAAAUUCUGUUGAGUUAUUCACUGGGCGAUUCACCGAUCACACUGAUAUCAAGUGAUAAGUUAGUGAUGCGACGACAAUACGUUAUCGAAGCGAUCUUCUCGGGAGAGCGCUUAUCACUGAGCAUCAACUCGAAAACACCGCAGUACAACUUCAUACCGAAACAAUUCAAAAAGAAACAUUUGAAUAUUGAUUCACCUGCUUACAUUGGAUACAUCCCGAAUGGAUUGUUUGUUCUUUCUGCUAUUUCAUUGUUUAUUUAUUCACUUUAA